GCUAGCCUGCUUCACCAGAUAUUAGGGCGAAACAAAAAGAAGCCAUGAAAUAACUUCUGGGUCGCUCCUGCUUACUGGCUUUGGUUCUUUGAACAACUCUAGAGUGUUUUUUCUGCUGGUGUUGGGCUGCUGAUGCCGGCGCUGCAGCGUUUGGCGGCCUUACGGACUGUAAGCAGCAACUACAUCACACUUAAAUACGGAGAAAACCUGUUUCAGUGUAACCCUCCUCCCAGCACAACUGAGACUGUUCUGUGAUUAUUUCACAGUAGAAUUCUUACACGUUGCUCCUUUAACUUAAUUUUGUAAAGGUAACCAUUUAGAAAACUUUGCUGGCAUUUUGAGAUUUUUCUAACUAAAAAAGAUUUUAUGGUUUGUAAAAAACAUCAAAACCAGUUUUCAUGUAAACAAAGACCACCCCAUGCUCUUCUCUCGCCUCGCCUCUUGAUGUCUGGUUGCCAUGGUAACAACAUCCGGAGGAGAAUGAGGGAUUGGAAAUGGCCCCCCCCCCCCCCAUCAGAGAAGUGUAAUCUGCUCUCAGGCCGUUUCUCUCAGACAGAUGAUGCUCUUCCACGUGACGAGUCAGAUUGUCACGGAUGGAGGAGCUCAGAUGGACCUCUGCCGGGCUCCAAACAUGUCGGUGGUGUCCUGCUUCGUGUGUCUGAGGAGUCGACGGUGAGCUCAGGGAUGUUCUGGACUCGUGAUGUUUACGCAUUGAUGUGCUGCAGUCUCUGCAGGGCAGCUGCAGCGAGGCGCUACAGAGACUAAAGAUGGCCAACGCCAUGGCUUCUUACGACCAGCUGGCCCACCAGGUGGAGGUUCUCCGCAAGGAGAACUCCCACCUGAGGAGGGAGCUGGAGGACAACUCCAACCAUCUGUCCAAACUGGAGACAGAGACGUUUGGCAUGAAGGAGGUUCUGAAGCAGCUUCAGAGUAAACUGGAGCAGGAGGCGGGAACCCUGGCAUCGUCUGGGAGGAGCGACGUUCUUCAUCAGCUCAAAGAGCUCCAUAUGGACCUCACCAACUACUAUGAACUCAAGCACCAACCUCACAACCUGCGGCUGCUGACAGCUGGUCUGGGAGGGGCGGGGCUAACAGGUGUCUCAGGGGUGGGGCCUGCCAUUGGUGUGGAGUUAGGCGACCACUUGGCUCUGCCUUCGUCCUCCUGCUGCUCCUCCUCCUCCUCGGUGGCGAACCGAGCCAGGAGCCCUCUCCGAGUGACGUCACGUCAGGGCGUGUCAUCCAGCGGGGACGCCGCGGCCAUCAUGCUGCCGCAUCACUUCCUGGACGGAGCUCCGCCCAAAACAGCAGUGAUCAGUGGAGCAGAUGGACGGCUGAGCGACCAUCACCUGGAGGAGCUGUACAAAGAGAGGAAUCUUCUUCUGGGAGAGAUCGACCGUGAGGAACGGGAACGCUGCUGGUACUUCAGCCAGCUGGAGGUGCUGUCACAGAAGCUGGCCCAGCUGCCUCGCAUCGACAUGUUUUCCCUACAGAUGGAUCUGAUCCGGCAGCAGCUGGAGUUUGAGGUUCAGCGGGUCCGAUCGGUGAUGGAGGAACGCUUCGGCACUAACGAGGAGAUGGUGCACAGGACGCAGAUGCAUGUGGCUCGUCUGGAGCAGCUGGAGAAGGAGCUGCAGGAGGUCCGAGGGAGUCAGGAGACCCAGCUGCAGCUGUCUGGAGCUGAGAAGCCCCCUGCUGGAGAACCGGAGAACUGCAGCUCAUCCUCUGCUGCAGCUGCAGGAUCAGAAGCUGCAGAUGGAGGCAGCAAGGUGGAGAUGGUCUUCUGGCUGCUCUCCAUGCUGGCCAACCGGGGCAAGGACGAGAUGUCACGGACUCUUCUGGCCCUGUCCAGUUCUCAGGACAGCUGCAUCGCUAUGAGAAAGUCUGGCUGCGUCCCCCUGCUGGUUCAGAUCCUGCACGAAGCUCCAGCUGGAGGCUCUGGAGAGACAGUGGCGAGCAGCGCCUCAGCGGGCUGCAGCAGAGAGACCAAGUCCAGGGCGAGCGCCGCCCUCCACAACAUCAUCUACUCCCAGCAGGACGAGGGCCAGGCCCGCCGGGAGAUGAGGGUCCUCCACAUGCUGGAGCAGAUCCGCACCUAUUGUGACAGCGGCUGGGACUGGAUCGAGAGUCACGCAGUCACACCUUCACCUGGAGGAACCAAAACCACAGACAUUCCCGAACCUGUGGAUCCUCAGAUCUGUCAGGCCGCGUGCGCCAUCAUGAAGCUGUCCUUCGAGGAAGAGUACAGACGAGCCAUGAAUGAAUUGGGUGGUCUGCAGGUGGUGGCGGACCUGAUCCACCUCGAGCAGGACAUGUACGGCAUGCAAAACGACCCAAUAAACAUGGCUCUGCGGCGCUACGCAGGAAUGGCUCUGACCAACCUCACCUUUGGAGACGUUGUUAACAAGGCCACCCUGUGCUCAAAGAAGAGCUGCCUCCAGGCUCUGGUGGCCCAAUUGUCCUCUGACAGCGAGGAGCUCCAUCAGGUGGUCUCCAGCAUCCUGAGGAACCUGUCGUGGAGGGCUGACAUCAGCACCAAGAGAGUUCUGAGAGAUAUUGGCUGCGUGUCUGCACUCAUGACUUGUGCCCUGCAGGCAACCAAGGAAUCGACUCUGAAGAGCAUUCUUAGCGCUUUGUGGAACCUGUCAGCUCACAACAUUGACAACAAGGUGGCAAUCUGUUCAGUUGAUGGGGCUUUGGGUUUUCUGGUGAGCACACUGACCUAUCGCUGCCAGACUAACUCACUAGCCAUCAUUGAGAGUGGAGGAGGAAUCCUCCGAAACGUCUCCAGCCUGAUAGCCACACGUGAGGAAUACAGACAAAUCCUCAGGGACCACAACUGCCUUCAGACUUUGCUGCAGCACUUGCGUUCUCACAGUCUGACCAUAGUGAGCAACGCCUGUGGGACUCUGUGGAACCUUUCAGCCAGAAGUUCAAAAGAUCAGGAGCUGCUGUGGGACCUGGGGGCCGUAAGCAUGCUUCGCAACCUGAUUCAUUCCAAGCACAAGAUGAUAGCCAUGGGCAGUGCCGCAGCGUUAAGGAACCUCCUGACCAAUCGACCCCUGAAAUACAAGGAUGCUGCGGUCGUGUCUCCUGGCUCCUGCAUGCCCUCCCUCUACAUGAGGAAACAGAGGGCGCUAGAGGCCGAGUUGGAUGCCAAACACCUCGCAGAGACUUUUGAUACCUUUGAGAAACAGAGCCCCAAGCACCUAACCCUCAACAAGCCACUUAGACACAUGGAGAGUCUAGCUAAGGAUUAUGCCUCUGAUUCUGGCUGUUUUGAUGAUGACGAAGCCCCUAAUAACUCCAGCAGCCUGGAUACGGGAAACUUCUCCAUGCUGUCCAUGUUUCUCACCAACUCCAACUUCUUGCAGAAUCAACCUCGCAAGAGGGAUGGUGAACCUGAGAGGGACAUAGAUCCUCCUCAGAUAAUUGAGAAGAAACACGCCCCUCCUUCUGAUGACGUGGUCUCUGCUGCUGCGGAGAAGCUUGCAAAAAAGAUUACCAACACGGUUGCCAAGAUUGACAGGCUGGUGGAGGACAUCACCAUGCACACGUCCUCUGAGGACAGCUUGAGCCUAAGCUCUGAGGACCACCUGGCCGAUUGGCCUUAUGGACAGGAUGAACUCAAUGAAGCUCCGGCAAAUGUACGCUCCCCUUGCUGUUUCUCUGGUACAGCCAGUUUGGCCCACAGAGAGCGCCUCAACAGGGCAAACACUCUUUUACGCUUAAAAGCGGCCCAUUCAAGUUUGUCGACAGACAGCCUGAAUAGUGGCAGCACUAGUGACGGCUACUGCGGCAGCAAAGACCAGUUGCAACCUUCUCCAAGAGCUCUGUCAACGCAACAACGACCCAACCAGCUUGACUUAAAAGUGGAUCAUCAAGAAUACCUGAAGGUAGGAUCGGCUCUCCUCAAUGAGGCUGACCAACAGCACAUUCCAGAGAGAGAUUCUGUCGAUAAUAAAGACGUGAAAGUUGUAGAGCUUGGCCAUGCAGACAUAGAAAAGAACCAAGAUCCACAAGUACAAUCACCUGUUAGUGCAUCCACAAAAGUCUCAUCGGAUGUCAGCAUGAAAUCAAUCAAACUUUCUCCUUCAUACCAGCACGUUCCACUCAUUCAGAGUGUGGCCAAAUUUGGGGUUGCCACGACAGCCAUUAAUGUGCAAGCGGCUCAGGCAAUGAGGAGGCAAGCAUGGGUGCCCACCGUGAUGACUGGUGGGAGCAUCACUAAAUUUUCUCCCAUGAAUUCGGCCAGAAGUCCAACCGUUGGUACUAUGGAAACAGUCCAGAAAUACUCAGUGGAAAACACUCCAAUCUGCUUCUCCCGCUGCAGUUCACUAUCCUCCCUCUCCUCUGGCGAUGGAGCUCUAGACGGACAAAGUGAAAAUGAGUUGGAGAGUGACUCAUCAUUAGAGAUAAUCGAUGUGGAGGAUGGCGAGGUGGUGAAUAAAGCACAAGAGGAUGAGACCUUGGAAGAUCUGAGUGACAGCCAGCUUUUGAUGACAGACUCAAAAACUUUUCCCAGCAAAGAGAUGAGUUCCACUGAGAUCCCAUUCCCCAGCAAAAAGGAAAAGGUGUUCCUUAGAGGAGCUUCACCUGCUUUAUUGGAAGACAGAUCUCCUUCCAGUUCCUCUGAUAACUACAUCCAUGAAACACCUCUAGUUUUGAGCCGCUGUAGCUCAGUCAGUUCGCUGGGCAGUUUUGAGUCUCCAUCGAUUGCCAGUUCAAUCCAAAGUGAUCCAUGCAGUGAGAUGAUCGAUGGAACGAUAAGCCCCAGUGAUCUACCAGAUAGCCCAGGACAAACUAUGCCACCUAGUCGGAGUAAGACUCCAUGUUGUGUUGAGCCAAAUCUACAGGAACCGCAAGCUGCAGGAAUAGCAGGACAAUGGGAAAGCAGCCUGCGCAAGUUCAUGGAAAUCACAGAUUCCAAGGAAAGGUUUAACCUUCCACCAGACCUGGACACUAUGAUCUACUUCACAGUUGAAAAACCCAUUGAAAACUUUUCCUGUGCUUCUAGCUUAAGUGCUCUGCCUCUUCAUGAGCACUACAUACAAAAAGACGUGGAGCUGAAACUAACCCCUCUGCUGCAACAACAUGAUGAGAACCUACCUUUCCUUGAUGGAGAUGGGCACGGUUUUGACGCUCGGGAGCAAUACAGUGAGGGUAACUCCGAUGAUGACAUUGAAAUUUUAAAGGAAUGCAUCAACUCAGCAAUGCCUUCAAAGUUCAGAAAGGUGAGACCUUCUCUAAUGACAACUAUCCCCCCUCAUAUACUCAGCUCCCAGAUUCGAAAACAAAUGCAUCUGCCAGCUAACAUGCUUCCAAAUGGCAAACCCCCAAUGUUUUCUAAGAGAAGAACUGUCAACCCACAAAAAGAAUUCAGAUUGGAUGAUUCUUCCUAUACUGAUUCUGCAGACGGUACACCUGUGAACUUCUCCAGCACAACAUCGUUGAGCGACGAAACGCUUCAGUAUCCUCUAAAGGACAGGGGGGCUAAAGACUGCACAGCCAAGGGUCUGAACAAAAAGGAAUUGGUCAACAGUGAGGCAAAGAGGAUUGAAGACCUGAGAAUAUUCUCACACUUCCACAAGCCAAACAGGACCAACUAUCUACCUGAGGUCCAAAUGAGCCGGACAACCAAGCAUGUGAUUCCCACCCAGAAGUUGCUGAUGCAGAGCAAAGAGGUUGCUGACAGAGUAGCAAACCUAAAGAAUCGCGAUUGGUCUCCUAAUCAGCAAAGGAGGCAACAAGGUCAAGGCUCCCACAGAAAGCUGGAACUGCCCACCACAAAACAAAACACAGACAGUAACAUGAAGUCAGGAACAAAUAAAGGAAACAAAAUCAUUCGACAAAUGACACAUUCUUCUGAGGAUAGUAACAGUUUCUAUGAUGACAAAAUCGAAGAAAUACCCAAGCGAAGCGUUAAAAAGCAGAUUAGGGAAGGCAGUAGAAACACCAUCUCCCGAAGCAUGACAAAUAUAGGCAGGACUGACAACUUCCAAGGAAAUCCCAGAGGGUUCCAGAGGAUUAAACAACAUCUGAUGAGGGAUGAGUCCGUGGCAUGUUACUCACUGAGUUCAUCACUCAGUUCACUCAGUGAUGCUGAAUUUGAGGAUCACAAAUCAAAAGCCCAGCAAGUUUGGUACAAGAACAGACACAAUAAAACUCUGAAUAUGGCACAACAAACAAAGGCACUGAUGGUGCAUUGUCAGUAUGAUGAACAAAGCUCACCAAGUUCUGUCAGCAUGGACUCAGAGGAUGACCUCCUUCAAAAAUGCAUAACCUCUGCGAUGCCCAAACAAAGACGAAAGUUUGCUUCAAGGAAGAAAAAGGCAGAAAAUGCUCAGAAACAAAACAUCCCAGAUGGAUGGGACCUUGACCAAGAGAUGGACAGCGAUGACACUGGAUGGGAUAAAGACUCUGACCUCAACAGUGUUGAAUGGAGAGCCAUACAGGAAGGUGCCAACUGUGUUGUGACUGGGCUGCAAGCUUCCAAGUCCCAAGAGCCGUCCUCUGAAGAGACUGAGUCAGUUCUGUCAUUUAUGUCUACGUCCAGCUUCACACCCAAAGAAAAGAAGUUUGCCAAAGACAAAAAAGCUAAUAAACCUCUAGACUUUGAAAAGCGCAAGCCAGUUCCGAACUUACCAGUGGUGUUUAGAGGCAGGACAGUGAUCUACACACCAACAAAAGAGAUGGCUCCGUCACAAAGACCUCCCCCCAGAAAAGUGCCAACUAAGACAGAUGCUCCUAAAAACCCUAAUCUUGCUCAGCACCGGUCAAAAAGCCUUCACAGAUUAGGCUACCCUCAGGACAUGGAACUUUCUCUUCCAAAGAGGAGUUCUACUCCACCCCCAAGAAUACCAAAAAGUUCCUCCUCCGGAUCAUCUCAGAGCUCUACUCCCUCCAAACAGUCACAAAAGAAAAUAACAUCACCAACUCGGACAAACAAAUCCAUCCAAAAAAUGUCUGACACAUCCAGUAGUAGCUCACCAGCUACUAGUCCCCCUGAACGAAGGGGGCGCUCCCCUGUUGUAAACAAAAACGAGAAGUCUCCCCCUCCCAAAACUCAGAAGUCACCUGUACGGAUCCCUUUCAUGCAGAGUUCCCUCAAGCAAUCAAGACCUCUGUCUCCAUUGGUAACCAAUCAAACAUCCUGCAGGCAAAGUAAUCAGCUUGUUGGGAAAAGGGUGACACCAGCUAACCGACAUGACCUGGUUAGAAUGACCUCUGCCCAUUCAAGCAGUAGCGACUCCGAUCGGAAUGGAAUUUUGAGACAGCUGACUUUUAUUAAGGAGUCAAAGACAGCCUCAACACGUGAUGGCUCUCCUCACAACACACCACCAAGAUCACAGAAUGGGUCCCCUCGCAGGGCAGUUCCUGGAGCCUCUGCUGUCUUCCUUUGCUCAUCACGCUGUCAGGAGCUGAAGGCUGUGGUGCAACCUCCAAGAAGGCUGCAAGUAAAAGAGCCUGGAUGUGCACAGCAAGUCCAGAGACCAAACUCUGGCAUUCAAAAACAGGCUACAUCUCUGUCAAGGGCAACAUCAAGUGAACGCGAUUUUUCUGCAAGACGGCAGGCUAGGAGAACAAGCUCUGAAAGUCCCUGCAGGGUAGCCCAGCGAAAUGGGCCAGGCAGAAUCUCAGGAGUCAGACAACAAUAUGACAAAGAUACUUUCAAACGGCAUGCCUCAUCACCAAGCAUUAACAUACUGAGUCGAGUGACCAGUCGCUCUUCGCUACGUUCGUCUUCAUCUGAUUCAAGUGGAAGAGCAAAAAGUGAGGAUGAUACGAAGAAAAAGGGGCAAAGAUCCACAUCACGCCAUAAUGAUGGAGUGACUUGGAGGAGAAUCAGGGACGAAGAUGUACCUCAGAUAUUAAAAAGCACUUUGCCUGCUAAUGCUUUACCACUGGUGCUUUCUCCUGAUGGAGAAAAGCCGAAGCCACCAGCUCUUCUAGGUAAACUCCCAACUAUUCUGCUUGCCUCUCGCAAGACAAGUGAUGCAACAGUCCAGACAGAAGAUUUAUCUCAUAACAAGACUAACUCAAGCACCUCUCCAAAAGCUGAAACUGCCCCGGUCAUCUCAGAGGAAGCAGCGAGAUUGGCUCUCCUUAGAAAAUUUAGUGCUAAUUCUGGGGCUAACCUUCAGGACACAGAGUCAGAUGGUUCAACAAGGAGCCACAGCGCCACAGGUACGUCAGACAACCACGUUGGCGGAGUUGUCACUUUCCGCCAAGGAUCCCCAAGCAAGGCUGCCCGAGUCACUCCAUUUAAUUAUAUCCCGAGGCCCAUGUCCUGCCGCCUGCAAGACUUGCAGAGCCAAGCAGUAACAAACACUGAAAAGUCUGUGGGAAAAAAAGAGUCGUAGAGCGUUGUUUGGAUUACUAGCCCACUUGAAGGACACCAGAAUGAAACUCAGCAAUCAGAUGGACACGUGGGCUGGUCCUGUAGCUUGGACAUUGACUCUCUAGUAUCCCAUUCACUGUAGUCUAAAUAUUCUCUCAGAACAAUAGAUCAGAGCUUCCAUCUGCUGUUCAUACCGAGUUGGAUGUACGCAUUGACACAAGUCUGAUAGGAAUGGACCACUACAAAAACUUCUGAGAAAAUCUUACCUGAAAAAGGCAUUUUUUUUAUACUUUUUUGUAUUUGAUAAGUAAAUAUUGUCCACUAGCAGUGAGGUGGAAGCUGAAAGCAGGAGACAAUGAACUGGAGUUCAGCACAUGAAUGACCAUCGCUUUCUUGGACACCACUGACUGGAACAAUGUUAUACCACCUUAUGAAGAACAAAACAGGACUACUGUUUGAAAAGGUUCUAACUGCGGUAGAGAGCCCAAAUCUCAACAAGGACACACAUUCAGUGAGUUGUAAAGUAUUUUUAUGUACCGUACAUCAAAGCUUUUAGCUGUUGCUUCACUGCUCAACAAAUAAGAUGUUUGUAGCCCAGGAGGUUUGGUGAAGCCAUUUGUGAUGAAACAUUUCUUCCAAUUGAUGUAACGGAUAACUAGUAUUAUUCUCACUGUUAUUCCAGUGUCUGUGUUUUAUUAAUACUCAAGCUAUAAACACCAGAAUAUUCUAAUUUUACUCCUACUUUCUCAGUUGCACCUUGUGGUAUAUUUGGCAGCUUAACAUUAAUGUUCUUUUUAGACAUGCUAUGCACUUCAAGAACUUCUACAUUAAGCCAUGUGUCAAACGUUCUGUUCCCUCAUCCUUUUCAAUCCAACUUUCAGGUAGCCCAUUAAAGUUUCUGAUGCAGAUUAUUGGAACAUCAGCAUGUCUAAAAAGUGCCAAUGUUGAGCUUCCCAUGACAUCUCUGACAAUGUGUACAAGGACUUAGCUUAAUAAAGCAUGCUCAGCUCGAAUGUAAACAUUAAAUCAAAAGGCAGUUUUUUGCAGUGCUGAUGCAACGUGUCUGUGGUUCAGGAUAAAGCAGUUGUGGGACAUAGCUAUCGUCUUUAGCGAUGUCCCGAUACAACUUUUUCACUUCCGAUACGAUACCAAUGUUGCAGCCUUCAGGAUUGACCGAUACCGAUAUCGAUACGAUACGAUACGAUAUCAGCACAAAUCAUACAUACGUUUACCUGUUUUGUAGUGUGGAAUGUAUGAAAGGAUUGAUCAAGUGAUGUUACUUAAUCAGAGAAGAAGAGCCAAUAAUAGUAAGUAUGAAAAAAUGGCAAUUUUUUUUUAACCAUUGGUUGCAAAAAUGUGAACCUUAACGGACUGCUUACAUCGGACAGUUUUGACGCAGUCCGAUAUAAUCCGAUACAGUGUUUUUGGGCCGAUAUCGAAUUACUUCCGAUAUCGAUAUCGGAAUGGGACAUCCCUAAUUGUCUUGAUAUUUAAUCACCAUACACAGUCAUUUUAAAAUCCCAGUAUUAGCAGACAUCCACUUUGCAUCCCUAUACUGGAAAUUAAAACUGACAUAACAGUUAACUGGGUUCAGUAAGUAAUCCUGACACUCUGAAUUCCAUAAAGUUAGCUUUCUCUCUUGCCCUGACAUGGUGUAUAACUAACCGUUUUAAUUUCAAGUAGUAAUUACCAUAAAUGUUCACUCUGACACAAACUGCAACCCAUUUCCGUCACAGAAACUACUGCAACAGUCUGCCACGUUCCAAACUCUCAGUAACCCUGGGUCCUGUCACCUUUGGUAUUGUAAAUAACAUGCAGGUAUACGGAAUCCUCCUGGUGAGAGUUACUCCCUGACAGCAUGCUAAUAUAUUCGACUGUAUACACACACGCGUAAUCACUGACAACACUGAGGUGGAACAGCUUUUUAAGCCCAGCGCCAUUUAAGUUCUCAUGUCACAAAAGACUUAUGAACACUCAAAAUCAGUAGAAAAACAUUGUAGCCACAUGCUAACACAAUGCUAAUGUACAUGUUAAUGCUGUGGAAUUUAUUUGAUAUUAGAUUCAGGUGUUGCCCGAUAUCAAGUGUGUGAAGAACAUGGGGUCAGAGGUGAUUGGGCCUUCUGGUGCAGCAAAAGGGACAGCACUGAGACUAUUGAGCGGUACGAUACAGCUGGCUAGCUACUAAGCUACUAGCUAUUACCAACAACAAAGUAAUUCAUCAUUGUGUUCUUCCUGCUUUAAAGAGAGCAUAUUUUACAAAAACUCACCUUUCCCAAUCUUUUUGUGUUGCAAGGUGGAUCUCACCCUUCUUUAUAAAUAGGAAUUUAAAGAGAGGGUGAAGCAAACUGUAUUUUCUGACAGUGUUUUGCUUCAGGAAGUAUAGGUCUAAAGUAAGCUGGGGUUUUCCCCAUUAUUGAGCUGUCACAUUCACAAAAAUUAGCAUACCACCCCUCUUACUUGUGGAUGCUAGAGGGGCAGCGGCUCUACUUGGAGCCCCUCCUGGAUAUCCAAGCUCCUCCCCCGAUAGCAGCUGUUAUAGACGCCGCCCAAAACUCUCCCUGCAGUUCCAGCCUUCCGGCCUCCUGGUUGGUCCAGACCCGCGCUCCUGCCGGCAACUGAUGAGCGUAGCUGGACAACAUUCCCGUUAUUUACUUACACGGGAGACAAACGGCGGUGAUCUCAACCAGUCGUUAAAGACCUCCGUGGUUGUUGGUACUUUGAAAACAGAGAUUACAUUAGAGCUAAGAAUGUUUGUGAGCAACGCUAACUGCGCUAACUUGGAACAAUCAUUACAUGAUCUUUGGUGUUGCCCUUUUUGAAUCUGUUGAACGCCCACCCGGUUUUGGGAGAGUGAACGUGGUUGAGAAGAUCGCUUUUUGAUCUUAAUUUUUGUGUUCUAGAGUUUGUCCCUCCAGGGAAUUUUGAGUUAAGUUAGUAGAUAACGGGACUAUUUUCGUUUAGAUUAGAAUUUGCAUAAAAAGGAUCAUUCCUUAUUUAAUUGUAGCCCGUUUUGAGCAGGUGAAAUCUCUGCAUUUCAGUUCAUUUAAAUCCGUUAAAUAACUUAUCGUAUUUUCCGGACUGUAAGUCGCACUUUUAUUCAUAAUCUGGCUGGUCCUGCGACUUAUAUACCAAAUUAUGUAUACCGCGCUGCUGUGGGCCGGCUCUGGACCAGGAAUGAGCUCCCCUUCCCCGCCAUCACCUGCUGGAGACCGUUGCGCGCUGCUGCGGGCCGGUGUCGGUGCAGGAUCGGCUCGGGGUCCUUCGACUGCCGAUGAUGUCAAAGUAGUUGAUUGGCUGAACAUGAAGCUUACGGAAGAGACGUUAUCACGUUAUGAUUUUGAUUGGUCAGAACAAAUUUGCGGUUGUAGUCUUAGUGGUUGUAGUCCUGUAGUCCAAAAAUCAACACGUUUUGGAGAAAAUAUGUUUGAAUUUCUAAAGGAAAUGUAAAAUAUAAGCAAAUGAUAAACGGUGACCCUCAAAAGCUCUUGAUGUUGAUGAAAUGGGGCAAAAUAAAAUAUAAGAACUUUAUUGAAAGACACCAAGAUAACAACUAAGGAAAUAUACAGAAGAACUCCACAUUAAUACUAACAGAUGUGGCUUCACAUAUAAGAACUGUUCUAUUGUUUGUCAGUCCGAUGUUGGUUUUAUGCAGUUUCACAUUCUUUACAAAACAAAGAUAAUAUGGUGUUUUAUUAACAAAUUACAAUUAUAAAGAAAACAUUCAGGUGUUGACAAACAAGAAUUUAUUAACAAAACUGCUGAUGUCUUAUGUGUCGUAUGUGUGAAAGCCGAGAUUUGCAGUAAUGUGACGUUAUCGGCAGUCGAAGGACCCCGAGCCGAUCCUGUACCGACACCGGCUCCGGUCCAGGUUUCAGCUCCUCUGCCCCGCUGGGAGGGUUUGAAACACCGCCAUCCUCUGCUGGAGACCGUGGCGCGCUGCUGCGCCCGCGUUGUUUAUUCUUUUAUUGUUACUGGUACUUGUCUUGCAGUGUGAAAUGCUUGGUCUCAGAUUUUGUAAGAAAAAUAAUAAAAUUCCCCCCCAAAAUGCGACUUAUAUAUGUUUUUCUCUUCUUCGUUUUACAUUUUAUGGCUGGUGCGACUUAUACUCCAAAAAAUACGGUACUCUUUUUGUAAGAAUAUAGGCGUUCUCGUUUCGUGUUUGUUCGUUUUGUGCCUCAUUUUUCCUCCUGUUAAGUUUUAUGUGACCCCCUCCUCUCCACACAUGAUUCCCCCCCCCCCCCCCCCCCCAGUGCCGGGGUUGUAACAGCAGCCUAUCAGGGGAUGGGUGGGCGUGGUCAACAACAGCAGGCUCAUUCUGGAGUGUACUGAAACUUUAGAGCUCAAAUCCCUUCGAGAGACAGAUUUUUUUGCUAAAUCCUUCAUAAGUACGUUAGUUUGUUGUUUUUAACCAAUCAGACUUUUUAACCCUUUAUUAAAACCAGCAAAAACCAGAUUAAAAACAAUUAUUUUAUUUACAACUGUGGCCUGGUAAAAGGGAAUGGUUUGUAAAAUAAAAUAAAACAAAUGUUAAAAUGUUAGAGGCCUCUUGAAACUAAAAAUAUAUAAUAGGACCCACAUAAAUCAUAGAAUAGAUCUAAAGUUUCAACACUGGCAAUAACCUUUUAUUAACCAGGACGUCCCUGGAGAUUAGCGCCUCUGGCCAUGAUGACACAUCAGGAUAAAACAAGUCAAAGAGGAGGGCGUUUAUGGAGUAAAGAGGGCGUCUGCAUUAGAAAUCCAGGACUAAAACCAGUAUUUUGUUUUAGGUCACAUCGUUUCAGCACCAACAUUUGGCUGAGAUCGUCUCCUUUUCUGAAAGCUUAAUCUUCUUAAUUCUGUCCCCAUUUCUGCGCCAUGAGGCUUGUGGUGGUACGGACCUGGAUCCGGCACUUAGCUCUUCAACUCUGCACAACAUGUUCGUUUCUGCUUAACCGUGUUGCUGUAAAAGUAGCAAUAGUUGGAGAGGAUUAUGAGUAUUCUCUGUAGUCGUACCCGUCCCUCCUUCACGUGUGCCUGUAGGUGUGGAUGGGAGAGUGUUUAGCCUGCGUUACGGGGCUGUUUACUCAGAGACCACCCUGUACCGAACCAAACCCUGGCAGCUUUUUAAAGGCCAACAUCCUUCUGAAAUCUGUCUUUUCAGUACCAAACCAACCGAAAGAAGUGAGAACAUGAACAGCAGCAUCAUUCCAAGAAGAGAAAGAAAUCCGGGAACCGUUAAAAUCCCAACGUUCCAGUAGAAAAAGCCUGCUGCUCGUAAUUCGUUUUCAUUGUCGCAAACUACAUAAGUGUAAAAGAAAAAUAGGUAUUUGGGUGGUUUUUACGGUAAUUAUCAACAUCUGUGACCAUGAUGUCAAAUGACAAUUAUUCAUUUAUAGAUUAUGAAUAAAUUUACUGCCCUUGCUGACGUGUCAGACAGAUUAGGACUGGCAGUAGUCUGUAGUCCUCUGUUUAACCUUGAAAAGACAGAUUUAGGAUGUGGGAAUGACUUCACGGCCCUAACAGUGGCGUGUCCAGAUCUUUUAAAAUGGGGUGGCCCAGGUGAGGCACAACUUUGUGCAUGGGUGGCACCAAUGGUUAUGCUUUUUUUGUUUUACCCCCAAGCCGUUUGUGGACAAUGAAAAGCCUAUUUAAAGGUAAAUUAGUGUGGUGGCACCUGGGGUGGCCAAUCAGAUUCCAAGGGUGGCAUGUGCUACCCCAGGCCACUCCCUGGACACGCCCCUGGCCCCUAAAAACUAAAUAUGAAGUUAAAGGAGAUGAGAGUUGUGGUUGGUGUUGCCGCUGACUUUGUUCACGUCUGGAUCCGACCCGUUUGGAGCAGAAUGGUACAAAACAUCUCAUCCUGCAUGUGAACAAGAUGGCAGGCGGGGUCACGGGGUCGCGACAAACAUGCAAACAGCAGAAGUGUGUCAUUAUAAAUGUUUCAUUCCAAUAAAAGUGAUGUGAUUCCUUAAAA